UUUUAGAAUUUCUUUUCAUUUAACAAACAUAUCAAUAAAAUUGGAUAUAAGUUGUUUUACUUUUUGUUUUUUUGUUCGCUUGUAUAUGUGGAGGGGCUAAUGGAUUAUUUCUCUGUCAAAUCUGUUCUCAAUAAUUUAUGCAAUCUUAUUCGUUAAUUUAUUUGUUUACCUAAUUGCAACAUAGUGUUAAAUGAAAUUAGGAUGUUCUAUGUAAGCAAAGAAUAAAUCCUGGCCGAAUUAAAUAAUUGUGUAACACUAAAUCAAUAUUCAUCAUACAGAUAUCCUAUUAUUAUUACUACUGCUACUAGUACAACUACUACUACCACUACUAAUACCACUAAUAACGCUGUGAAAAAUCAUAUCAGUAAUUAUAAAUGUUGUAGAAUACAUCAUUCACAAUAUACAAUAUCCAAAGAGAAACCUAUAAAUAAUUGCUGGCAAUAUGCCAAUCCUAAUCUAAAUGAAAUCAAUGAAGAAAAUGAAGAUUUCGAAUAUAUGUCGAAUAAUAAGCAUAUUAAACAUUAUCCAUAUAGACAUGACCAUAAUGAUGAGACAAGCGAUAUGGAUACAGAAGGAACACAAGGAGAAUUGGAAAUGGAGACGAAGGAGAAGGAAAUUAAACAACAAUAUAAUCAAUCUGAUAUUAGUUCUGGUGACAGUACUAGUUUAAGUUAUUCUGAAGGAAAGAAUGUCUUAGAUUUAAGACAAUCGAAUACAGUGCCAUAUUCACUUCCAUUACCAGUUCUUGUACCGAUACCUAUUAUUACUCCUUAUAUAACUAGAACAUAUCCAAAUGUAACAAUGAAUUCGUCUAAAUAUUGUUCAACUAUUGGAAAUCAUUCUAGUGAAGCAGAAUCAUUGUCUUCCAAUCAAUUAGUGCUUGGUGUAAAACUACCAUUUUCUGCACUGGAUUCACAAAUUCGUGCCAAACCACCCCCGUUUGUACGUAUUCCUCCACCACUUUCAACAAAUCAUUAUAAUCUUCAUCAUCAACAUCACCCACUUCAACAUCAUCACCAACAACAAUCAUUACCAUCAGCACUAAUUCAACAAAGAGAAAUUAAUAUUAAGGAAGAUAGUAGUUGUUCUUCACCAUCUUUAUUAUCCAUCCAAGAACCUGUGAUAAUUGCAAAUAAAUCUUCUAACUAUAAAUCCACAAAUAAUACAGUUAAUAGUAAGAAGUCAUCAAAUGACUCUUAUUUAUCAAAAUCAUCAAAUGAUCCACAGUACAUUAAUUUACAAAAUAUAUCUAGAAGUUUCAACAACAACAACUUGUAUAUUACUACAGAUACUACUAUUAAUACUACUACUAAUACUACCAAUCAGAUGAGAAAUAAUAGUAAUGAUAAUAUUUACACUAGUACAUAUGAUAAAGGUUCAUCAUCAAAUAAAUUAGUAGUUUUACCAUCAAGACAAACUAUAGAAUCAAAAUUAAACGCAGUACCUUCUAAUGAAUCAAUGAAAAAAUCGAUUGGCACAAUGAUAACAUCAUAUUCUACAAUAACUUCAAGAAAUCCUUCAACAGAAUGUGUUAUAGUAAAUGAAAUUGCAAGUAAAAAUUUGAAACCAAGAGUUGCUUUUAUUGAACCAGUUAAUAAACAGACUAGUACUACCAGUACUACUAAUACUACUACUAAUGGUGAUAAUAAUGUAACUAAUAAAUUCGAAAUAUCUAACACUCAAAAUAACCAAUCCACUAACAAUAAAAUAAAAUUAACAAAUAAUGAGAAGAAACCUGUAGAUAAACUGAAGUCAAGUUUAUCUGACAGAUUUCCUGGUUGGGGUGUCAUAACAGAUGACGACGACGACGAUGAUGAUUAUGAGAAUGGAAAUGUAAAUGCAGAUGAGAACAAUGUUCAAUGGGAGGAAAUAAUAACAAAUUUAGAAAAUAUAAAACGAUCACCAUUGAAAAAAGAUGCUAAAUAUGAUCGAAUAGAAAACAAGAACUAUGACAUUCAUGAAAACACUUCAAACAAACAUGAAGAAACAAUGAAUACAAAUUAUAAUAUAAAUAAUGAUAAGAUAACAAUGAAAUUUUCAUCAAUAAAUGAACAAUAUUCUAAUUCUAACUUGUCACAAUCAUCAAAUAUAAUAAAUGAUGAAGAAACCAUUUUUCAAGUAAAUCAACAACAACAAUAUUGGCAACCAUUUCCAAGACAAAUCUCUAUUGAAAAACGUCGUCAUUCAUCAAUUUUAACUAAUCCACGUAAAUCACUUGCAAUGAUCUUUUCACAAAUUAGUAAUAAUUUAGGAUUUACACAAGAAACAUCAAUUAAUUAUCCUAAUGAACAUUAUUCAUCUAAUUUUCAUUAA